GAAAAAAAAUAAGAUAAAGCCAUGAGAAAAGAGAUAUGGUAGUCGUCGUCAUCAUCGGGCGUCAUCAACGGCGCAAAAGCAAUAGAGAACCGAUACACGUAUCCCCCAGAUGUUUCCCUGAAAUAAGAGAAAUAUAUGUUAUUCGUUGUGUAAAUGGAGGGAAGGAGGUCGCGCAAGCGCUUCUGUUAGGCGCCGGUUAAAAGGCCCGGGGCGAAGAUGCACCACCAUGGCAUGGGAGUGUCAAUGGGCGAUCGUCACGGUGUUCAAAAUUCAACGAUGCAGCCCAGGAACGGAGUUUGCGACAAAAUUGAAAAUUAUAUAUCCGAACUUGGACAUUGGGCCGUAUGGCGUGCAAUAAUAAUGGGCCAAUUCUUGUCAUUUAUACUUUGCUCCAUGACACUAUGCAAUCAUCACAUCAACACGACUUUCCAGUUAUCAAUACCAACAGGACAAAAUUUGCCGCACUACGCUAUGAUGUGUUUAGUAUACACAACGUGGAUGUCCUGUAGGGGUGUUGGAAAUGGUCUAAUAUCUGUUAUAAAAGCCCGUGGUUGGAGGUACUUGCUGUUAGCGCUCAUAGAUGUUGAAGCGUGCACGCUUAUUACAUCUUCCCAUCAGUUCACCAGCCUCGCCAGUAUACAGUUACUCGAUUGCGUUGCUAUACCAGUGGCAUUGGCACUUUCGUGUUUAGUUCUCGGAGUAAGAUACAGGAUGGUUCACAUCGUUGGUGUUUCUAUAUGUCUGAUGGGUGUAGGAUGUUUAGUUUGGGCGGGAAUUCACGACAAUAAGGAUCCAGCAUCGACCGGUAAAAAUCAAUUAGUCGGCGACAUGCUUUGUCUCGGUGGUGCCGUUUUGUUCUCGAUAACUACGGUACUUCAAGAAUUGGCUGUUAAAACGGUCGAUAUUAUCGAGUACUUGGGUAUGAUUGGUUUCUUCGGGACGAUAUUGAGUUGUAUGCAAAUAGCCAUCCUUGAAAGACUUCAAAUCGAAUCGUUUCAGUGGGACAACGUACACGUCAUUACGUUCUUGAUGACUUACUGCAUCAUACAAUUCGUAUUUUUCUCACUCGUUCCUGUCGUAUUAGAUGAAUCCGGUGCAACGGCAUUGCAAUUGGCUCUUUUAACUGCCGAUUCCUUCAACAUUUUAUCAGGCAUGCUGAUACAUCAAUAUAAGUUUCACGCCUUGUAUUUUGUCUCCUACACGCUCAUAAUGACAGGCAUAUAUAUUUAUGCCAUAAAGAGGACACCGAUGUCAUCGAACUCACGAAGGCAACACAUCGAACUUCCUGCUCCAGAUUACAGUGAUAUAAUUUUAAGACACAUGUCGCACGGCGAUGUGGGUGAAGUGGAAAUGGCAACGAGCUCCGGUAUGUCAGCAGUGAGCGGUACUCUUGACAUAAGAGCGUCCACUCUUGGUAGCGAGAGAGAAACGAUUGAUGCUACGAGUUUACCCCUUAGCGUCAGUUCCGACACAGCUUUCACAUCGUUCUACGGUAGUCAAGCAAAUCUAAAGGCUAAUAACGGGAACACCGGUCCUGCCUGUAAUUAACAAGAUAAAUUGGAAACAACUGCCUAGAUAAAAUAGAAUUUAAGUUCGAAGGCAAUUACUUCGUAUGGGACGUAAAGAAGAUACUCGAAGAUACGAUACGGGGAUACUAAAAGAUAAGAAAAAAAAAAAAGAAAAGAAAAAAAAAAGUAAACAAAUAAAUAAAAAAAGGAAAGAAUAAAAAAUUAAAUACGAAAGAAUGUUUAUAUAUCGGAAUAAUAGUUAACAAUCGUAAUAGUACCAUUUAUAUUACAUUUUUUGAAUAGAAGUAUAUAUAUUUCCUCCAAAGACCAACCAAAAGAAGAAGAUGAUGAUCCCCCCCCUUUGGAGGAGUAUCAUUAAUUUUCACUUUAUUCCCGAUUCACGACGCACGAUUUUCUCUAAUUAUUGACGAUCCCAUAAUGACAAUAUCGGCAGCACGAGCGAUUAUGUUCUAUUUGAAACGCUUACGGUUGCUGGCCUAUGUCGGUGGCUAAUUUUUGCAUGCUCCUGCCUUUAGAAUAGUACACGAAUAUAAGGGUAAUAGAGAACUAAACAAAACGGUAGAUAACGAUAAAAUGAUGAAUAAUAUUGUCGACACUGUUGUCAUGACGUUUUGAUCAACAUUUCUUAUCUUACAAUUAGUUAGAAAACAAACA